UACGCAAUUGCGUCUAUUGGACGCCGACCAGAUAUUCACCAAUUAUGUGCAUUGUCUCCACUGAAUGCGCUCUUAUGGCAGAAAUACUGCGUGUUUACAGUCAGUUAUUGUCAGAUUUGUUCGUGUUGCGUCUUUAAACGCACAUAUUAGAGCUAGGAAGCUAGCUAGCUACCGCUAACUUAACUGAAUAUUCUGCAGAACGAGCGAAAAAAACACGAUUUAAAGGCGUCCUUUAGUGUUAAACUUGUAAAAUGGUUGCAAAUAAAAUCAUAUGGGCAUGUCGAGGGAGUUGUUACAGCUUUACAAACGCGUAAAUAACCGCCGUGUCCUGCAGAGAGUGUCUCUCGGAGUCUCUUCUGAUGUGAGGCGCUCAAAAUGAGCUAAACCGAUCUCUGACAGAAGAAGCGCUCGCAGAUAUUCGUUAAUGAUGAUCUGUGUGCUCUUCAGAGAGUGUUUUAGUCCUAACAAACGUUAGCGGCGUCCCCGCCUACCUUCUGUGGGUUUGAUGUGUUUAGAUGGAGACUGUGACCGCGAACAGCGCGGCGACUCACCAGAGUCUGAUAAACUGUUGACAUGGAUGAUGAAGAUGGCAGGUGCUUGCUAGAUGUAAUUUGUGACCCACAAGCACUCAAUGAUUUUCUUCAUGGAUCAGAAACACAACUGGACACUGAUGACCUUUUGGAUGGCUCAAGUGACCCGUCCAGCUCGUUCUUCUCCAGCACUGGGGGCCACGUUCCUGAGGUCCAGCCACAGGCUCAGCUGUCGACAAAUGAGCCAGGCCUUCCAAGAGUCAGCGUUGAUUUGGACUUCUUGGAAGAUGACAUCUUGGGGGGAUCGCCGGGAGGAGACAAUGGAAGCAAUGGUGUUGGGACAAAUCAUGAGCCUUGUGACAUUUUGCAGCAGAGUCUGGCAGAGGCUAACAUCACAGAACAGAGCCUUCAAGAGGCAGAUGCUGAGCUCGACCUCAGUCAGUUUGGGCUGACUGGCCUUACGCAGGUGGUCCAACCCCUGCCUGAUGCUGGCCUGUCUGGGGUGGGCAUUGGAGGUGCAACUCAGAUUUUUCCAAACCAAGGCACCCCUACUGCACCCUCUAAUGCCACCCCAGACAUGCUCAGCUCAGUCCUGGCACAUCCAGGCCUGCAGCUUCAACCCCAGGUCAUGAACAAAGCUAUCAGCGUCCAGCCAUUCGUGCAACAAGUCGGGCUUGGAAAUGUUACCCUUCAACCUAUUUCGAGCCUUCAGGCCUUACCGAAUGGCAGUCAGUCUGGACCGUUGGGCAUUGGACAAAUUCAAGUUGUGGGCCAACCCACUGUAAUGACUAUAAAUCCAUCUGGGCAGCAGAUCUUGACGAAAACCAUGGGUGGCUACCAAUUGCAUCAACCUGGGCCUGAGGCAGCAAGUGCUGGAACGCAGGCUGGGCUUGGAGGCUCUGUUUUGAGUUCAGGGGGAGGACUUUUAAUUCAAGGGGGAAAGGCCACUCUAGGGUCCCCUGCCUUAAAUGGGCCGGCUGUCUGCUUAAGCAACACAAAUACUAACAACAGUGCAACUACAAUGGCCGCUCCUGGUGGCAUUGUGGGUUUCGGUAAUGCCUCUUUGGGUGCCGGAAUUGGAUCUCAAACCCAGCCUCAAGGCCAAAUUAUGCAGAAUGUCAUCAUCCAGCGAACGCCAACACCAAUACAGCCCAAACCUCCGCAAGGGGGAGCCAUCCAACCCAAAGUCUUCAAGCAGCAGCAACAGCUUCCUGCUCCACAUGCCUUGCCAAAUGAUGCUAAUAAGGCUCUGGGGGUGCAGCAAAUCCCAGUAUCAGCUGGUCAGAAUGUAACGUUCCUCGGGAAGCAUGGCUCAAAUGUAGUCUUGAGCACACAGGCCACGUCACAGGGAACGCAGUUCUCUCAAGCGCUCUUUAAGCAACAGGGCCCCCAAACGUCAGGAAAACCGCUCAGUGUUCACUUGUUAAACCAACAGGGCAGCAUUGUCAUUCCCUCGCAAACUGUCCUGCAGGGCCAAAACCACCAGUUCCUGUUACCGGGGCUUCAGGCGGGGGGUCAGUUCCUGACUCAGCAUCCCGGGGGUCACAUCAUUACCAGUCAGGGGCCUGGAGGGCAGAUAAUCGCUAAUCAGAUCUUGACAGCCAAUCAGAACAUUAACCUGGGUCAGAUGUUGGCCUCACAGGGUCACCCUGGUGCUGCCCAUAUUCUCUCUGGACACAUCCACCUCCAGCCCGGUCAGAUGGGUCAGCCCACACUGUUCCAAAUGCCGGUGUCCCUGGCGCAAACGCAGACACAAGCCCAUCCAGUAACAGGCCACGUACAAACGGUCAUCCAGGGCAUGCCGAUACAGAAUUCCCUGUCCUUGGAGAGCCUUAGCCCAGCAGUCAGUUUACAGACGUUGCAGCAAUCUGGCGGCAUCCCUAAUAACGGUAGCAGUGGAUCUGCGGCUAUGGCGCCGUGCCAGACAGGAGAGGGAAUCACUGUAUUGGGCGGCUCUACGGAUGCUGCUGCUCAACCAGCACAGACCCAACCGCAGCCCUCAAUUCUCACGGUUCAGAUGACACCACCGGUUUCAGUAGCAGGCUCGGUUCCUUCCUCUUCAUCUCCAUCUCCAACUAUGGCCACGUCCACAUCCUCAAUGGUGGGUUUGGGUCCUCAGGCCCAGCACAGCCCAGGGAAGUUGUUGUUCACAUCACCCGGUUCCAGCAUGAUCCUAAGUCAGGAGUCCCUUCAAAUGUUCCUGCAGCAGGACCAACAGCAUCAAGCAGGAAAAGACCCACCUGCCGCUGUGGGUGUACCUGCAUCUGUUAUCGUCAGCGGCAGCAGUUCUGGUCCCGCCCCUUCAGGCCAUGACAGCUUGUUAGCCGAGACUCGGCAGUGUCCCAGCCCCUCCCCUGGCCCCGCCCACAUGGCAACAGUGGUUAACAAGGUUCCAUCGGCAGCACAUUCUCAGACUAUAAAGAUCCAAAGCGCCUCCCCAUCGCAGCCUGUGGUCACAAAUGCACCAACACCCACCCUGACUGACGGUCCUCAACCUGCCCGAGCUUCUCCCAUAACCAUCGGGCAGCAGAUCCAGUCUCCUCACCAGCACCAGCAGUCUCGGCCUCCAUCACAGCCCCAGCCUCAGUCUCAGGCACAGACUCCCUCGCGUUCCUGCACGCCUUCCUCUCUACCACCCCUCUUUAUCAUACACAAUCAGAUCGGAGGUUCUCCACAACCAUCACAGCCAGCUCCUCAACAACAGCAACAGCAGCAGCCUCAGCAAAUACAAGUGCAGCUCCAGCCUCAAGUUCUUCCUCAGACUCUGCCUCAGCCUACUGCCCUGCAGCCAGACAUACCUCCUUCCUCCUGUUCCCCGAAGUCUCCGCAGCCCCUUCCUGCACAGUUCCAGUUCCAGCCUGCUGUUAGCUCGCCUCCAGCUGCAGUGGUCAAACAGCAGGUGACGGUGGUGCCGGGGCUGACUGCAGAACAGCAGCAUCACCUUCAGCUGGUCAGUGCGCAGCUGCAGACUAUGUCAUCCAUCACACAGCCCUCUCCUCAGCAAAAGCAGCUUUUGGAAAAACUUCACCAGAUCCAGCAAAACAUUCUUCUACAGGCUAAGCAGCAAGCUCAGGCACAAGCUCAGGCUCAAGCCCAAGCUCAGGCCUCUCAGCAACAGGCCACAAACCAGUUCAACAAAAUGCCAGAUCAGCCUUCAGUCCAAGCUGCAAAUUCAACGGCCAGUGGCACCAUCCAAGCGCCAGUCCAGUCCCUUCUGCAGCAGAAGUCUGUGCUUGUCAAGUCCUCUAUUACAGGUGCAAAUGACACUCAUGUAUUUUCUGCUGUGUCUGCUGGGGCUACAGUGAACCAGGGAAUCACGACUCCAAACCUUGCGCAUGCUGUUCAGGCAAAGCCAGGAGUCAUAAGUUCAGUUGGUGGGCUGUCUCUGAAUAAAGCAGGUUUGCAGAUACAGGUUUUAGGUGCUGCACUCUCUCAAAUGCCGGCACCUCCACAACCUGCUUCCCAAACACAGACUUCAGCAUUAAAAAGGCCUUUUAGUGUGGAACCAAGCAAAGAAGCAAGGAUGCUGGAACAGCUGCGAAAACAGCAAGGCUCUGUUCUCCAUCCUGACUACAGCUCUCCUUUCCGCUCAUUUGAGGACACUUUUCAUCGACUGAUGCCGUACCACCUGUACCAAGGCAUGGCUUCAUCCCCAGAAGACUACCGCAAAGUGGAUGAAGAAUUUGAGAACGUCUCAUGCCAACUCUUGAAGCGCACACAAGCAAUGGUGGAUAAAUAUCGUCACUUGCUUUUUGAGGAAUCAAAGCAGAGGCUGGGUCCCUCAGCAGAGAUGGUUAUGAUUGACCGGAUGUUCAUUCAGGAGGAGAAGGUUGCGCUUAGUCAGGACAGGGUCCUGGCCAAGGAGAAACCAGAAGAAUUUGUGGCCAAUUCCAGUUUGCUGGACAGCAGUGCCGUGAGACCUGUAAAGGUGGAGCUGAGUUCUAUACGAAUUGCAUCAGCAGCAGGUGCAGGUCAACCUGUGGCAGCUGCAAUUGCACCUGCUGCAGUUGUUGCCCCUGCUCCUACCCCAACUCCUGCACCUACCCCAGCUGCUGCCCCCACUCCUGCUUCUACCCCUGCCCUCUUUCCUCCUACCAAACUGGUGAUUAAGCAAGGUGGAGGGGGAGCAUCGGUAUCCUGGUCCACUAGCUCCACACCUACGCCUGCUCCUGUGGUCCGGCCAUCUGCAGAGCCAGUCACGCCAAACACCUCCUUCAGCCGCACUCCAUCCACCCGCCCUGCUGAUGACGACGAUGAUGUUGCGCUUCCCCAGCGGACCAGCAAACCACCCAUGAAGACCUACGAGGCACGCCAGCGAAUAGGUUUGAAGCUGAAGAUCAAACAGGAGGCGGGAUUUAGUAAGGUGGUUCACAACACUGCUUUAGAUCCAGUCCACUCCCAAUCCCAACUCACUCCACAACCACCGCCCCCUGAGCAGCCGCAGAAAGUCAAGCCCACCCAUGUAACCCCACCCACCACAGUCAUUAGAACUCCUCCCCCAACGUCUUACCCUACCCCCUCUUCCACUGUCCCUACAGUAACCACACACACAGGCUCCGCCUCCAGUAGCGCAACUUCCUCCAGUGGACCUACGCCCUCAUUUUCCUCCUCCUGGUCUUCAUCGUCCCCUUCCACAUCUUCGGCACAGAUGAACGGCACUCUAGAACACCACGAGGUAGGCGGAGUUAAACGGAACCCAGCGUCCACGGCGACUCCUCCACUUACCACUUGCCGGCUCCCGCUUCGAAAGACGUACCGUGAGAACAUCAGUCCACGUCAUAGGCCGGGUGUACCAGGAGGAGGUGGAGAUACGUUGCCCAUUCUACCAGCAGGACCCCCUAUUACUACUACCCCCCAGCCACAAGGUUCUUCUCCUCAAACCGAACGGACUGUGAUAGCAAGAGUGAAACUAGAAAGGCAGGGCGGACAUGGACGGUCUCACCCCCAUUCAGAGUCGCAGAGCCUCGCGGCAGUAGAGGAUGUCCUCUACCGUGGCAUCAAAAAUGCGUACCAACAUCACAGAGAGUUCUCCGACAAAGAGGAUGAAGACGAGGCAGGGGAAGGUGGCCGUUUGGGGCGGUUAAAGGGCAUAGGGAGCAAAAACCGAGAGGGAGGAAGGGGUACAUUUAGGAUGGAUCAGCAUGCUCCUGGUCCACCUUCUCCUGGAGAGACUUCUUGCACAAGAGACUCCACACUUCCUGCCAAACGCUGCAAGUCCGACUCUCCGGAUAUGGACAAUGCGAGUUUCUCCAGCGGCAGCCCGCCGCCUGACGACUCGUUGAAUGAGCACCUGCAGUGUGCCAUAGACAGUAUACUGAACCUCCAACAGGGCCCUCCUGGACAUGGAGGCUCAGGGAAAGCAGCUUUAGGGAGGGUUCAUGCGGAAAGCCUGCCUAAUCAGCACCAAACCCAUCCUUCCUACAGACAGCCCAUGCCUCCCCUCUCCACGCCACCCUCGUCCGCCGCCAUGUCCCAGCAUCCACAGGUGGGGGGCCGAGGACAAAAUGGAAAUUUGGUUUCACAGACGCACAGUAGAUAACAGCCCCUUUAGCUGAUGUUGACUGAAAGACUGAAAGCAGGAUGUCAAUGGAUAGGGGAAGCAAAUGGAGACACUUUUCCCAUGAUCAGCUGUGUUUGCUUUGUUUGUCUUUGGUUUGUGCUGAUGACGUGUACUUUUGGUUUACAUAUGGCCCUUUAAGUGUGCUUUCUAAAGUAUAAAAAAGUGCACUUUGAUAUGAUUUUCAAAAUUUUGUCCCUCUGUUUCUUUCCUGGGUUCGAAUCUGGGACGAAUCUUAUGUCAGUUUCCCAAUUUAAAGAUUUCUCUCAACUUGUGAGAGCCAUGACCAUUCAUUUAAUAAAUAAUGUUUGUAAUUAUUGUGACGUAUGCAGAUUGCAGGAACUUUUUAAGUGAUAUCAUGAAAAUUGUCAUAUCAAAUAGUGGUUUAUUUGGUUAUUAUGGAGAAUUUAUUUUGGCGAGACUAAUUGAUCACUUCUCCCUUUGUUAGAAUGGUCCCCCUUUACCAUGAAAUUAUAUUUUUGGGAACUGUGUAGAGGCUCAAUAAUGAAUAAUAAUAUAGUGUUUUUGUCUCCCCUAAGACAUGAAAUCUUGUUUUGGUUAUUCAGCUACAGGAAUUAACAAUGAAGCAUUCACAAACAGAAAAGUCACCAGAACUGUAGAAAAUCUCUUGACCUUUUAAAGCAUUCCAGCAUCAAGAGCACAUUUACAAACAUUUACAUUUACAUACACACCACAGCAAAUGUGGUCACCCUUUUAAUCAAAGAAAUAUACUUUUUUUUCGGGUAUAUUAUUGAAAAGUUCCUAGACACAAAGCCUCCCUCAUUUAUACUUUUAUUUUUUAUUUUUGUAGGCUUAUGUAUGUUCAGACACUUUUACACAUUUAAGAUACAAUGACUGAAAGAUCCUCAAACCGCUCAGAAGUAAACAAAGCGAAAGCAAUGCCAUGGAGAAAAAAAAAGAACAAUAAUGUAAAGAGAAAAAAAGAAAAUAGAACUGUAAGAAUUUGAAGUAUAGUACUACAGAUUAAUUUUGUAUUGUAUUUAUUGUGUAUAAUGACACUUUUUAAAAACAACUGUACAUUUAGUAAAACUGUAAAUUAAACCUUGCUUCUUUUAUGAAACAAUCA